UCCACUUCCUGCUCCCAGGCUGCUCUGGUUGGGAGGGAAUGAAGCGGAUCAGAAACAUCAAUAACACCGGAAGAAACCUGCUAGGACGCCUCACUAGACGUGACACAGGAAUCCACCAAUGAGGAAACGAGCUUUUGGCCGAGCUGACCAAUCCGUGGUGUGAGCGGAGCCGGCGGGCGGGGCUGGCGGUAGUAGCGGGUUGGGUUGAAGUGUAGUGCGGAGGAGGAAGAUGGAAGUUGUACGGAGUUAGUGCGGCUACCGGAGAUUAUUGUACAGCCCGUCCUCUGUCCGGGGAGAAAGGACACCGCCAGCAUGGAGCAACCCGCACCUAAGAGCAAACUUAAAAAGCUGAGUGAAGACAGCUUGACGAAACAGCCAGAAGAGGUCUUUGAUGUUUUAGAAAAGCUUGGCGAAGGCUCUUAUGGAAGCGUGUUUAAGGCCAUUCAUAAAGAGUCUGGUCAGGUCGUUGCAAUCAAGCAAGUUCCUGUGGAAUCGGACCUUCAAGAAAUUAUUAAGGAAAUCUCUAUAAUGCAGCAAUGUGACAGCCACUAUGUAGUCAAGUACUAUGGCAGCUAUUUUAAAAAUACAGACCUGUGGAUAGUUAUGGAAUAUUGUGGAGCUGGCUCUGUCUCAGACAUUAUUCGAUUGCGGAAUAAAACAUUAACGGAAGAUGAAAUUGCUACAAUACUUAAAUCUACGCUGAAAGGGCUUGAAUACUUACAUUUCAUGAGGAAGAUCCACAGAGAUAUCAAGGCAGGGAAUAUCCUGCUGAACACAGAAGGUCACGCCAAGCUGGCAGAUUUCGGAGUGGCUGGACAGCUAACGGACACAAUGGCAAAACGCAAUACAGUAAUAGGAACUCCAUUUUGGAUGGCUCCUGAAGUGAUUCAAGAGAUUGGGUAUAACUGUGUGGCAGAUAUCUGGUCACUGGGAAUUACAUCUAUAGAAAUGGCUGAAGGGAAACCUCCAUAUGCAGACAUCCAUCCAAUGAGGGCAAUAUUUAUGAUUCCCACAAAUCCCCCACCUACCUUCAGGAAACCUGAGCUGUGGUCGGAUGAAUUUACAGAUUUUGUAAAGAAAUGUCUGGUGAAGAACCCGGAACAAAGAGCCACGGCCACGCAGCUUCUGCAGCACACGUUCAUCAAAAAUGCAAAACCUGUCUCAAUUCUCAGAGACCUCAUCACAGAAGCUAUGGAAAUCAAAGCAAAAAGGCACGAAGAGCAACAGAGGGAGCUGGAAGAGGAAGAUGAAAAUUCAGAGGAGGAUGAGCUGGACUCUCACACAAUGGUCAAGACCAGUUCUGAGAGUGUGGGGACCAUGAGAGCGGCGAGCACCAUGAGCGAAGGAGCUCAGACCAUGAUUGAACAUAAUAGCACCAUGCUGGAAUCAGAUUUGGGGACCAUGGUCAUAAACAGCGAUGAGGAGGAGGAAGAAGAGGAGGAGGAUGGCACAAUGAAGAGAAAUGCAACUUCUCCUCAAGUGCCACGACCAUCAUUUAUGGAUUACUUUGAUAAACAAGAUUCCAAAAAUAAGCCCCACGAGAAUCAUAACCAGAAUGUCCACGACCAGUUCCUUAUAUCCAAGAAUGUGUUCCCCGACAACUGGAAGGUUCCUCCAGAUGGUGACUUUGACUUUCUCAAGAAUCUCAGCUUCGAGGAGCUGCAGAUGAGACUGAAAGCUUUGGACCCUAUGAUGGAACGUGAAAUUGAGGAACUGCGGCAGAGGUACACGGCAAAGAGGCAACCCAUCCUGGAUGCUAUGGACGCCAAAAAGCGCAGGCAGCAGAACUUCUGACAAGGGCUGUUCUGUUCCCAAAAACCUUAUACACACGUGGACUUGAGUGCUUUUUAGAAACUUCUCAAUUCAAACCUGUGGUCACCUCACACAAAUGCUUUUCCCAACAAAACUAUGAACAUGUGUUUUAUCUCUGCACAGGCAUUAACAAUGUUCUCUUCCUCUCAAUCUGUAAAGCAGGGCUGUGAGUAGUAUCUUAAGCUCUACACAUUCUUCCCAUUGUUCCCAUCCUAUCAUCAGUUUUGUUUGCCUAUAUAGUGGAUCCCUGUCUGUGAAUGUUCUAUUGAUACAGGUGAAUAGGACUCUCAGAUUCAGGAGAGGAAGAACUCUUACAAGCAGAUCACCUACGUCUAUAUAUGUGGAGAUAACAGCCAGCAUAGUCUUUUAAUAUUCUUUCAUAUCAAUAUUUCAGGGACGUGUGUUUGCACCUUGGUGAAUGUUAAUUUGCCUUAAAAGUUACAACUUAUCUAUUUAUUUCUUUGUGUUACAUCUGAGUGUAACUUACAUUAGUGACCAAACUGUAUUCCGUGCUUAUGCUUAUUAGAGGGUCAGUUUAUUCUUGUUUUGGGGAGGUAUUAUCUCCUGGAGAUUUCCUGUACCUAUUAUGGAUUUUUUUAUUUUGAGGUCUCUGCUUCUGAUUUUGGAGGUACGUCCAAAUGCUGCAACCACUGCAGAGAGGUCUCACUUCAUCUUUUGGGAAAAUGGAGCAAGAGGAGGGAAACGCUUGUGGAAUUGGGGUUAUUGGCAGAACCAGUAAUACUAGUAGUAGUGCUUGCAGUUGGGAUCCCCUAGAUUUAUAAGUAGGCACUGAGUGUUAAUACCUGAAAGCAUCCAUCCGUAGCUGAAACCAGUGUUGACUCCUUAACUGGUAUAGCUGGUUUUUAUUGGGGGGGGGGGGAGGGAAAUGAUUACUAUAAGCAGGAAAUAUUUCCCUGUCCUCCAGUUGGGUUUACAUAGCCCUACUUGUUCUACAUAUUUCUAAAUCUUUGUAUUCUAUGCAGGUUUGAGGGUUGCCUAUUGCCUUCAUUCCCUAUUCUGAGAGAGGUAUUUUAUCCCGUCAUUGAUUAGGACGAUUGACGUGAUGUUUGUAUUGUGUAGACAUUUGUUUGCAGGCAGUCCUCAGGAUAUUCUAGUCAUUUUUUUUCAUUAUUAUAAGUGGGUAUAAUGCACACAUGUCUCUGCAGGAGAUCUAAUUGUGUUACCCACAACAACAAAAAUCAGAUUUCAAAAUGUUGUUUCAAUUGCAGUAUGGGAUAAUAAACAGAAAUACCUGAUUGGCUGUUAUAGACCAAAAUAACUUUU